CUUUAUCGGCAACACAGGGGCGGAGAAGAGCAUCAGCCAUGCAUUGCAGCAGCAGGAGCAGCAGCGGGGAUUAGAGGCUUCUGCUGCUCCCAUUCGUCUGAAUGCCUCUUUUAGGACGUGCAGGAGUCCAAAUAUCUUUGCGCCCGCCUCCAGUGUCGGCGCCACAGCCUCCGCCGCCAGGAUGGACUGCUGAACAGAGAAGCAUCACAGACCUGGUCAUACAGCACGGCUGGUCCGCUCCCAGCUUUAUUUAUCUAUUACUAGUUAUUUUGAAUUGAACUUUUAAUAACCUGCCAGCUGCUCUUCAGACACACAUGGUGCAUUGUUGCCAUUCCCAGAAUCACGUCUUUGAAAUCCAGGCCCUUGGUAACCUUCAUCGAACAAAGAGGCGACCUAGAGGAGACAUCUGCAGCAGGACUUUUCAAACCUGCUGCCCUCUAGCUUCUCCACUGGCUGUGCUGUUUUCCUAGCACAACAUGGAGCCCACCAUGGAGGGUUGCUUGGUCCAGGUUCUGCAGAAGGAUGUUGGGAAGAGACUUCAGGUUGGCCAAGAACUGAUAGACUAUUUCUCAGAUAAACAGAAAUCUGCCGAUCUGGAACAUGAUCAGACCAUGCUGGAUAAAAUGGUUGAUGGCCUUGCUACCUCGUGGGUAAAUUCCAGCAAUUAUAAGGUUGUCCUGCUGGGCCUGGACAUCUUAUCUGCGCUGGUGUCACGGCUCCAAGAUAGAUUUAAAGCCCAAAUUGGAACAGUACUACCGAGUUUAAUUGACAGACUGGGGGAUUCGAAAGACUCAGUCCGAGAGCAGGAUCAGGCACUGCUGCUAAAAAUCAUGGAGCAAGCUGCUAGCCCUCAGUACGUAUGGGACAGGAUUUUGGGAGGAUUCAAACACAAGAAUUUCCGGACUAGAGAAGGAAUUUGCCUCUGCCUUAUUGCAACACUCAAUGCAUCUGGAGCUCAGAGUUUAACACUGAGCAAGAUUGUGCCACAUAUAUGUAAUUUACUUGGAGAUCCAAACAGCCAGGUUCGCGAUGCAGCAAUAAAUAGCCUAGUAGAAAUCUACAGACAUGUAGGUGAACGUGUAAGGGCUGAUCUCAGCAAAAAAGGAUUGCCACAGUCUCGGUUGAACAUCAUUUUUACAAAAUUCGAUGAGGUCCAGAAAUCAGGAACCAUGAUCCAGGGAUCAGGUGAUAAAAACUUUGAUGAUGACGACUCUGUGGAUGGGAACAGGCCUUCCUCAGCCAGCUCCUCAACAUCUUCAAAGGCUCCAUCAAGCUCUCGAAAAAGUGGGAUGAGUUCUGCUCGCAGAGUUGGAACAACAGCUCUGGUCUCAAAGGCUCCAGCGACUAAAGAAGGAGCUGGUGCCGUCGAUGAGGAGGAUUUCAUUAAAGCUUUUGAAGAUGUACCAACAGUUCAGAUUUAUUCUGCCCGAGACCUUGAAGAAUCCAUAAACAAAAUCAGAGAAAUCCUGUCUGAUGACAAACAUGAUUGGGAACAGAGAGUAGCUGCACUAAAAAAGAUCCGGUCUUUAUUGCUGGCUGGAGCUGCUGAGUAUGAUACCUUCUUUCAACUCCUGCGCCUGCUCGAUGGAGCGUUUAAAUUAUCUGCUAAAGACUUGCGGUCCCAGGUGGUGCGAGAGGCUUGUAUCACAUUGGGGCAUUUGUCAUCAGUCUUGGGUAACAAGUUUGACCAUGGGGCAGAAGCCAUCAUGCCAACAAUCUUUAAUCUCAUUCCCAACAGUGCCAAAGUAAUGGCCACCUCUGGUGUGGUAGCUGUUAGAUUAAUUAUCCGACAUACACACAUCCCUCGACUAAUUCCCAUCAUCACCAGUAACUGUACCUCCAAAUCUGUCGCAGUUAGAAGGCGCUGUUUUGAAUUUUUAUAUUUACUUUUACAAGAAUGGCAAACACACUCCCUAGAAAGGCACAUAUCAGUAUUGGCUGAAACACUAAAGAAGGGAAUCCACGAUGCUGACUCUGAAGCACGGAUAAAAGCCAGAAAGUGUUACUGGGGCUUCCACAGCCAUUUUAGCCGAGAAGCAGAGCAUCUGUUCAAUUCAUUGGAGUCCUCAUACCAGAAAGCCCUGCAGUCUGACUUGAAGAACUCCGACAGCAUAGUGUCCUUGCCUCAGUCUGACCGCUCCUCUUCUAGCUCCCAGGAGAGUCUCAAUCGUCCGCUGUCUGCCAAAAGAAGUCCAACUGGAAGCACUACAUCGCGAGAAGCUACAUCAGAGCAGCAGUAUGAUUUAGUUCAGAAUAAAGAUUUGAGUGGAGCUUCUACAGUGAGUGCAAAAUCUGUGUCUGCAUCAGGGUCCCUCCAACGUUCUCGCAGUGACAUUGACGUGAAUGCAGCAGCCAGUGCCAAAUCUAAAGUCACUUCUGGAUCAGAUGCCCCCUUCAGCUCAGCAGCGGCCUUGCCCCCGGGUUCAUACGCAUCUCUAGAUGGUACUACCAGUAAACCUGAGGGUCGGAUCCGCACAAGGAGGCAAAGCUCUGGAAGUACCACCAGUAUUACCUCAUCACCUGCUGACACUCGAGGCCGCAGCCGGGCUAAAGUAGUUUCACAGUCCCAGCGAUCCAGAUCAGCUAACCCUGCUGGUGCUGGCAGUAGAUCCAGUUCCCCUGGCAAGCUCUUGGGAAGCGCAUACGGUGGACUGAGCAGUGGAACAACCAGAGGACACCCAGCGCCAUCCCCUGCUGAAAAACGCAGCAAGGUCCCUCGAAGCCAGGGCUGCAGCCGAGAGACCAGUCCAAACAGGAUAGGUCUAGCACGGAGCAGCCGUAUCCCCCGACCCAGCGUGAGUCAGGGGUGCAGCCGCGAUACCAGCCGUGAGAGCAGCCGAGAUACAAGCCCUGCUCGGGGCUUCCCUCCACUUGCCUCUCGACGUCAUUCCAGGUCCACUAGCGCUCUCUCCACUGCUGAUUCUGUUGGGCAGUCAGACCGGUUUGGGCUUGGACAGCCAGGCAGGUUGCCUGCCUCUAUGAAUGCAAUGCGAGUCCUCAGCACAAGCACAGAUCUGGAGGCUGCUGUGGCGGAUGCACUGCUCUUAGGAGACUCCAGAAGCAAGAAAAAGCCGGUGAGACGAAGGUAUGAGCCAUAUGGGAUGUAUUCUGAUGAUGAUGCAAACAGUGACGCAUCAAGUGCUUGCUCAGAGCGCUCCUACGGUUCCCGAAAUGGAGGUAUCCCACACUAUCUGCGGCAGACGGAAGAUGUGGCCGAGGUCUUAAAUCACUGUGCAAGUUCCAACUGGUCUGAGAGGAAAGAGGGGCUAAUAGGUCUACAAAACUUAUUGAAGAGCCAGAGAACACUGAGCCGAGUUGAGUUGAAAAGACUGUGCGAGAUCUUCACACGCAUGUUUGCUGACCCGCACAGCAAGGUUUUCAGCAUGUUUCUUGAAACCCUGGUAGACUUCAUCAUUAUUCACAAGGAUGAUUUGCAGGAUUGGCUUUUUGUCCUCCUGACACAGUUGCUCAAGAAGAUGGGAGCUGACUUGCUGGGCUCAGUACAGGCAAAAGUGCAGAAAGCUCUGGAUGUAACAAGGGAUUCUUUUCCGUUUGAUCAACAGUUUAAUAUUUUGAUGAGAUUUAUUGUAGAUCAAACCCAAACACCAAACCUUAAGGUAAAAGUGGCCAUCCUGAAGUAUAUUGAGUCCUUGGCCAGACAGAUGGACCCCACAGAUUUUGCAAACUCCAGUGAGGCAAAACUUGCUGUUUCUAGGAUCAUUACUUGGACAACAGAACCAAAGAGCUCAGAUGUGAGAAAGACCAUGCAUAGUUGGGUAGGUGAGGAUAUACCAGCUAGACCAUCAGCCUCAUCAGGUCCUGGUGAAGGAAACUUGGAAGAGAAGUGUAAACAGGCAGCACAAAUAGUCCUGAUUUCUCUGUUUGAACUGAACACUCCUGAGUUUACCAUGUUACUUGGUGCCUUGCCCAAAACAUUCCAGGACGGUGCUACCAGGCUGCUACACAACCACCUCAAGAACUCCAGUAACACUAGUGUGGGUUCUCCUAGCAAUACUGUUGGCCGAACUCCUUCACGUCACCCUAGCAGCAGAACCAGCCCCUUAACUUCACCUACCAACUGUUCUCAUGGAGGACUCUCCCCAAGUCGUUUCUGGGGUUGGAGUGCAGAUGGGCUGUCGAAGCACCCCCCUCCCCUUUUUCAGCCUAACUCCAUCCCCGUUGCUCCUCCUCACAAGACUUUCAGGCGCUCUUACUCUCCCAGCAUGUUGGAUUACGACACAGAGAACUUAAAUUCUGAUGAAAUUUACAGUUCCCUUCGUGGAGUCACAGAAGCAAUUGAAAAGUUUAGUUUCCGCAGCCAAGAAGAUCUAAAUGAACCAAUCAAGCGUGAUGGAAAGAAGGACAGUGACAUUGUUUCUCGAGAUGGCUGCUUAGCCUCACCAGCCACUGAUGUGCGUGGAGGCAGUGAUGUUGUGGAAGGGGGAAGGAUGGCUCUUGAUAACAAAACUUCCCUACUCAACACCCAGCCCCCGCGUGCAUUUUCAGGACCCCGAGCCCGGGAAUAUAACCCUUACCCACACUCGGAUACUAUCAGCGCCUAUGACAAGAGUGCCCUUAAAGAGGCGGUGUUUGAUGAUGAUAUUGAUCAGCUUCGGGACGUGCCCAUUGAUCAUUCUGAUUUGGUAGCUGAUCUUUUAAAAGAGUUAUCCAACCACAAUGAGCGGGUAGAAGAACGGAAAGGGGCCCUUUUUGAGCUACUGAAGAUUACAAGGGAAGACAACCUGGGAGUUUGGGAGGAGCAUUUCAAGACCAUUUUGCUGUUAUUGCUGGAAACGCUUGGAGACAAAGAUCAUUCAAUAAGAGCCUUGGCACUGAGGGUGUUGCGAGAAAUCUUGAGAAACCAGCCUGCAAGGUUUAAGAACUAUGCUGAACUAACUAUCAUGAAGACUCUGGAAGCACAUAAAGAUUCUCACAAAGAGGUUGUGAGAGCUGCUGAGGAAGCCGCUUCCACUCUGGCCAGCUCCAUCCACCCUGAGCAGUGCAUCAAAGUGCUGUGCCCCAUCAUUCAGACAGCUGACUAUCCAAUCAAUCUGGCCGCUAUUAAAAUGCAAACUAAAGUCAUUGAGAGGAUCUCAAAGGAGUCUUUGCAUCAACUUCUUCAAGACAUCAUCCCUGGCCUGUUGCAGGGCUAUGACAACACAGAAAGCAGUGUUCGCAAAGCCAGUGUAUUUUGCCUCGUGGCAAUCUAUUCUGUUAUUGGUGAAGAACUGAAGCCUCACCUUGCACAGCUCACUGGGAGUAAGAUGAAGCUCCUCAACUUGUACAUAAAGAGAGCCCAGACCACCAACAGCAACAGCAGCUCAUCUUCAGAUGUUUCCACGCACAGUUAAUGGAGAUCUUUGGACAUGCCUGUAGACAUAGAAGCCAUCAGCUGUGCCUCUCAGAGACCCUCCCCUCAUCAGCACGCUCCACCCGCUGAUGGAGGCCAUGCAGAUAUUUAUUGCAAUCAGUAUUUUUAGUCCUUUUAAAAGCUUUCUAUGGUAGGAUAUUAUUGUUACUGAAUGUAAAGGAAGCAAGGCCUGGGUUGCAGUCUUCUUCAUUAAAAAAAAUUAAAAAGGCGAUAGAACACACCAUGGUUAAACACACUGCAGUUAUCCACUGACGUUUAGGGGGUCAUACUUACAGUAGACUUGUUGAAAUCAAUGGGCUUAAGUUCAUCAUGUGAAUUGAUUUCAGUGGAUCUACCUUGAGUAUGACUUCUUGGAUUCAGACCUUGGGUUUUUUAUUAGGUUGUGCUUGUAUCGGUCAAACAUUUGACUAGUUCCUCCUGUUCCUCUAAUUUCAGGAAUGUGUCCUUGUUUCAGAGAUGAGGUUAAAAUUUAGAAUGGCCUCACUUGGGUUUUUUUGGGAGAAAGCCCUACAUUCUUUUAAAAAAAAGGAAAGGAAACUAGGCCCCUCAACUCACUUUUUAAAAUUAUUACGGGGGGGGGAAAUACCAACACAAACAAAUUGUAUAGUACCAUCAUCUGAGUGACACCGGUCAUGGAAAUUCCCUGGGAGAUCUCAGCAAACUUGCAAUGGUGCUGUUUAUAUAGGGCAGAUGCACUUACCCUACUAUAACCCAUUUAAGACCCGCUUCUGUGUAGAUGUUUCAAUUAUCUGAUUAUUAUUUUUAGCACAUGCUGAGAAACAUUUUUUCAAAGUGAGAAAAAAAAGAAAGCAAAGCUAUAUGCUGUGAUAUAGUCUUGACUUCUUACUCCAGAGGAGGUUCUACUUACUUGACAAAACUCAUUCCUACUCUGUUUUUCAUGGUGUUUUUUUUAUUUUAUUUUAUUUUAAAAAACGGAACUCUGUUCUGUUACAGUAUUCGCUGGGGAUUGAAUUCCUUCUGUAAAAAUUUUAUCUAGCUUUAUGAAAUCUGUUAGUAUGCACUGAGCGUGAAUGCACUGUAAUAUCUCUGAACUGGUUAGGUAUCAACACUCACUGUCAAAGGAACUGACAACCUAUCUCUUAGAAAAGAUAUGUGAAAUGUGCUACUACUGCUGCUGCUUCAAUCCUCAGUAUGAAAUUUGUACUUUCCAAACCUCGAUUGGCUUUUGUAGGAGCUGCAACUCAGAUAACCAGGCCUUCCUUUCUUAAUAAAAUACUGCUUUCGUUUGUCAACCAAUGCUCCUUAGUGUGACACUUUUUCUGUUGCCACCUCCCCACCCAACCUUUGAGUACUCCAGGAGUUUGUCACCCCACCUCCCAACAACCACACAAUCUGAUUUUAUUUAUAAUCUUGUUUUGUGUCUACUGUACAUAGCAAAUUGUUUCCCUUCUCUCUUAGUAUUUCAGAUAUGACUCUGUUUCAUUAGGGUAGUACUCAAAGGGCUAGGUAGUACCCAAUCUGCACCAAUCUGCUUUUUUAAAGCUAUACAGUUGAGGGUGGGGUGGGUGUUUUCUUCCAGGCACAAGAACCCUUUGGCUACCAAUCCAUACAUGCUGGUGAAGACAAAUCUGCAUGAUGUUGGCGCUUAGCUGCCAGAUUACGGAGGGCUCCUACCUUUUCUCAGCACUGUCCAAAUGUCUGCAGCUGCCUUUUUACUUGCUGCCUCCUUACGCAGGGCUUUAACUUUUCAGACCUUUUGAAAGAAAGAGGUUUCUUUUUCUUUGUAUUCUUCCCCAUCUUCUCACCCCCCCUUCCCUUGCCCCGCACCCAUUUCCCUCCUCUUCCCAGACCUUCAUAUCUGAGAAUCCGCACAGAACAACCCUGCCUGCUGUUGGGUUGGGUUCGAUGGAGAUGUACAUGCUGCCAGUGGGGCGCCAGCGUCCCAGGGCAUGAGCAAACAAAUCAAUGCAACCCCUUUCACACCAUCUGAAGUACUGUAGGUCUCUUAUAUAGUCCUGCAUCGACUGAGGCAUGUGGCUUCCUUUUAAAAGGUACACUAUGUGUGCUUGCCUGGAUUACAGUACAACACAAGACCUUUUCUAUCGCUUCCUAGUAGCUUCUCAAUAACCUGUAUAAGUAAUGUAACUUGCAACGUUGUCAUAUAAAUCUUCUUUCUACCACCCUCCCAGACCCUUUAUUUAUCAAGUGUAAUAGUUCAUAUUAAAGGACAACAGAGAAAUGUUUGUAGAAUGCAGCAGGAUUUUGCUAACAGUAAUAAUGUUUUAAAUGGGAAGGAUGGGCUUAUAAAGCCACUCAAAACAGUCAGCCAUCAGAAAAGAGUUUGUUGGCACAGUGUUCACGCGCAUGUAUUUAAUUUCUAUUUUUGGGUUGGUUAUUUUCUUUCUCCUUUUUUUGGGCGCUUUUGUCAUGUUACAUCCAUAUCUGUAUUUAUAUCUUAUUUGUUUCACUUUUGAGUGUAUCAUGGCAAAUGUACAGAUGUUUUUAUGUUAACAUUUACAUGAUAGAAUUUGCUAAAAAAUAAAAUGAAACCUUUUGAGUUUGCCCUAGAAUAAAUGACAGUUAAAUUUAA